AAAUCGUCCACCAACAAAAAGAUUCAUCCCCCUUAUAUAUAGAAUAUAGUGCAUACUUUUUCUUCAUUUUCUUAAUUCCCAUAGAAACAUUUGUAUCUUUGUCUCUCUAAAAAUGAAACUCUCUCUGCGUUUGGUCUCAACCAUUCUCCUCUCGUUCAUGCUACUCCUUGCCGCAGGAAUGAUUCCAGUGGAAGCCAGAACGUGUGAGUCACCAAGUACCAAGUUCCAAGGAGUGUGUCUCAAUGCAAAGAACUGUGCCGGUGUUUGCACUGGCGAAGGAUUCACAGGAGGUCAAUGCAGUAGUCUUAAGUGCUACUGCACGAAAACCUGCUAAAUUUAUAAAAUGUCACGAAAAUGUAAAAAUCAUUUAAUUUUUUGGUCUUUAAUCAUACUACUGAUACAAAGUUAGAUAUCAUAUGCUUGAAUAUAUAGUUUGUACGUACACUUAGUAACUUAUAUAAAACCAGAAAAUGAUUCUAUAAUAUGUGUAUACUUAUUCAUGCUUUGCAUAUAUGUUCUUUGAUUUUUUUUAAAAGUUAUAUUAUAUAUGUAUUUCUGUGUCGCAAAUUUUCAGAUAUUGAUUUAAAAUC